GAGAGAGAGAGAGAGAGAGGGGGUCGGGGGGGCUUCACCCCCUCAGGGCCGCACAGCACAGCCCAGACCCCAGACCCCAGACCCCCGGCCCCGGGGGGGCCCCGCACUGCCCUCUCCACACACACACACACACACAGAGCCGCCCCGCGGGGGACGGACGAUGGAUGUGACCAUCUCGGAGCUGUUGGCGGAGUUCCUGAAGAGCCCUCUGGUCACCUGGAUCAAAACCUUCGGGCCGUUGGGAGGAGAGAACGAGGAGAAAGGGGCCGUGUUUAUGGACUUGGUGGAUGGAGUUUUCCUGCACAAUAUAAUGCUGCAAAUAGACCCGAGGCCCACAAACCAGCGAGUCUACAGACGCGUUAACAAUGACGUCAACCUGCGAGCCCAGAACCUCAGCAUCUUAGUCCGGCACAUCAGGAGCUAUUACCAGGAAUGCCUCCAGCAGUUGGUGGUGAUGACAUUGCCAAACAUCCUGCUGAUCGCUAAGGACCCGCUCUCAGCCCCCGCCGCCGCCGCCAUCACCAGCGACAGCCGUAGGAAGGGGAGGCUCUCCGGGCCCCUGGAGACCGAGGGCCCAGCGGAGCAGAAGGAGGCUCAGCGACGCAGAGCCGAGUUGGGGUCCUUGGCCUACUCCACCUCCGCCAUCCACCUCAGCUCGUCCAGCUCCGCACCCUCCUUCAGCUGCAGGCCCUGCGCCCGGCCUAAAGGUUGUACGUCCGACAACGAUCUCCGACCCCAUUCCCUGGAAAUAGAGUUUUCCAGCUGUGGGAGAAGAAGCCCUGCCUCGAGACUCUGUGAGAAGAGCCGGUGUAGUUCCAGCGACGCCUCGUCUCCUCUUAGCUCCAAAGGUUUGGUUGCCAGGCGCCAGGAGGGCGUGAGCGGCGAUGACCUGGUGCCCACGCGGGACGUGCCAACCUCCCCCAGAGACGUCCUCGGCUCCGGGCUCCUCACCCCCGGCAAACCGGAGCCUCCGUCCAUGCGCCGGAGCCCGGUGUCCCACAGCACACCCCAGAGGGGCCGAGCCAGGACCGGCUCACCGGGCAGCGAGAUGGUCACCCUGCAGGAGUUCCUACAGGAGAGCAGUAACCUCUCACCCAUCAGUGCCAACGUCGUGGGCCGGGAAGAUUUACUGAGCGAUUACUUCACCAAGGUGUCUGAGCCCCCCGCGAUGGCCGAGCCGCCGGCCGGCAGGCGGGAGAGCGCACGGACCCCAACACCGACCGUCUACGUCUCCCCCAACGUGAAGUCUCCGCACGGCCCCGGGGAGGGGAGGGGAGUGGGGGGCAAACCGGGGCAGUCGGUGAAGCCGAGCCCCCGCCCGGCCACGCUCCCGGCCCCGGCUCGCUCCAGCUCAGUCUCGUGCCUCCGCUCGCCCCCGGCGCAGCCCCCCUGCCCCCCGAGGGGCUGCUCGCUGGGCCGGGCGGUCAGCCUGGCGGCCGCAGACCUCCCCAGGCACGGCGCCGCCGAUGCUCACAGGCAGGAGGCGCUGUCGCCGAGCGCUCAGGGCAAAGGCCGGCUGUCGCCGCGAGAGAGACCCCAAUCCGCCCGACUACCCGGCUCCGACCCCAGCUGCCGAGCCGUGGACCCUCGCCGUCUGUCGCUCGCUCCCCCCAAGGACGAGAAGCCCCUCUCUCUCCCCCAGCACUGCGGCAGCGCAGGCGCCCUCUCUCCCGGAUACCCCGGCCCCCAAACCGACAGGUCGCCGGCCGACAGGAGAGCGGCCCAGCCGAAAGGCGCCCCCGGUGGUGGUGGUGGUGGUGGUGGGGAGACGGCGCUGGUCAGGCCCCUGUCCCGCCAGGGUGAGGAGCCGAGGGGCCGGGGGCCAGCGGAGUCUGCAGUGGGGGGCGGAGGAGAGACCCCCGGAGCGGAGGAAAAUGGCAAAGGACACGAUGGCGCUUUGAAGAGCUCCCCAGGGGCCGCGGACCCCAAUGCGGACCCCCAGACUGUGUGGUACGAGUACGGUUGCGUGUGA